AAAAAUUUUGCCCAGAUGAAGAGAGCCCACCUGUUUGUGGUGGGGGUCUACCUGCUCUCCUCGUGCAGGGCGGAGGAGGGACUGAACUUCCCCACUUAUGAUGGCAAGGACCGCGUGGUCAGUCUCACCGAGAAGAACUUCAAGCAGGUUUUGAAGAAAUAUGACUUGCUCUGUCUCUACUACCACGAGCCCCUAUCUUCAGAUAAAGUCGUGCAGAAACAGUUCCAGCUGAAAGAAAUCGUGCUGGAGCUUGUGGCCCAGGUCCUGGAACAUAAAGAUAUAGGCUUUGUGAUGGUGGAUGCCAAGAAAGAAGCCAAGCUUGCCAAGAAAUUAGGUUUUGUUGAAGAAGGAAGCCUGUAUAUUCUUAAGGGUGAUCGCACAAUUGAGUUUGAUGGCGAGUUUGCGGCUGACGUCUUGGUGGAGUUUCUCUUGGACCUCAUUGAAGACCCAGUGGAGAUCAUCAAUAGCAAACUGGAAGUCCAAGCCUUUGAGCGCAUUGAGGACCACAUCAAACUCAUCGGCUUUUUCAAGAGUGAGGAAUCAGAACAUUACAAGGCUUUUGAAGAGGCAGCUGAACACUUCCAGCCUUAUAUCAAAUUUUUUGCUACUUUUGACAAAGGCGUUGCAAAGAAAUUGUCCUUGAAGAUGAAUGAGGUUGACUUCUACGAGCCAUUUAUGGACGAGCCCAUUGCCAUCCCUGACAAACCCUACACAGAAGCGGAGCUCGUGGAGUUUGUGAAAGAGCACCAGAGACCCACUCUACGUCGCCUGCGCCCAGAAGAUAUGUUUGAAACAUGGGAAGAUGAUUUGAACGGAAUCCAUAUUGUGGCCUUUGCGGAGAGGAGUGACCCAGAUGGCUAUGAGUUCCUGGAGAUCCUGAAGCAGGUUGCCCGGGACAACACAGACAACCCAGACCUGAGCAUCGUAUGGAUCGACCCGGACGACUUUCCUCUGCUUGUUGCCUAUUGGGAAAAGACUUUCAAGAUUGACCUCUUCAAGCCACAGAUUGGGGUGGUGAAUGUGACAGAUGCUGACAGUGUGUGGAUGGACAUUCCAGAUGAUGAUGACCUGCCCACAGCUGAGGAGCUGGAAGACUGGAUUGAGGAUGUGCUUUCUGGGAAGAUAAACACGGAGGAUGAUGACAAUGAUGAUGAAGAGGAUGAAGACGACGACAAUGACGAUGAUAAUUCUGAUGAAGAGGACAAUGAUGACAGUGAUGACGAUGAUGAAUAGCCUCCAACUCCAGACGAGUUUCACGAAGACAUAACCACAGCUACCCACUGCCAUGCAGACAGGCAAAGUGGCAGCGAGCAGCCCCGGCCCUCGUCCAGCCAGUUCCUUUCCUUUUAUCGACACCUCUUUCCCCACUUCUUUCUCAUCAGAUGUGCAACUCGGCAAAUGCCUUCCUAAAUCCAGCAGUCCCACUCACUCAGCAAGGACAGUGGGGAAUUAUUGCCAUGUUGGCUGUCUUGACUGUUAUGAAAAAGCUUUCAUUCAUUGUCAGAUCAUCAGUGGCCACGGCAGUGCCCGAAUCUGGUUGUCUAGAGAGAGCAAUUCCCUAACACCUCGGCUCAAGUUUACUUGUUUCACUAUGAUGGUAGCAGAAUGGACAGCUUGCUAAGUCACAAGCAUGGUGUGACCUUACAACCAGAGCCCAGGGAAGACACACAGUCCAUUUAGCCCCUGUGCCUAGAAUAUUAGUUAGGAUCCCUCCUCAAGCCGAGAGGAUCCCUCUUAGGGAAGGCUCAGUCUUGGAAAUAGGUUUUGUAAAUCAGCUUCUCUUGGUUCUAUUAAACUUAUUAUUUUAGGUGUAGAUCUGAUCAUUAUGAACUCAGAUCCAAGCCUUUGGAUGGCUAUUGAGAGGUUUUGAAAAACAUGCAUACUGAUGUCACCAUCAUUUCUAGUAUAUUAGGAUAUUGGGAUGGGAGGUUGAUUUGCUCUCUGAACUUCCCUGUAGAUGACCUUCUUGCAGAUACACACAGGGGUCGGGAGAGCUAGAAGGAUUAAAUGUUUUAAUUCUUUCUGAUGUCUUUAGGUCUCUGAUGGGUUCAGCUGGCGUCCUAGCUUGAGCUGGGAUCCUGAUAUCCCUCUGUCUUGUCGCUGCUAGUCAGCCUUCCCAUUCAGAGUCCAAGUUGGUUUUUCCAGAGGGCAAUUCACUCUCCACUGAUCAGUGCUCCCACAGCUGAACAGGACAACAGUCAUUAGGAUUCAUAAUGAUGCUCUGAGGCACUGAAAAAAUCCCCAAGUGCCUUUCAAACUAUCUAGAAGUUAUAUUGUGCUCUAUAGUUUUAGCAUUGGGUGUGCAUUCUAAUGUUCUAAUUUAUUUUCUCAGUCUUUUAACACAUGUGUAAGACACUGCAAAUUCUUUGAAAAUAGGACGAUCCUUUUAUGGAAUAGCAGCUAACUAACUGUCAUUAAAGUUUUAUUUUGAAAGUACUGAGA